AUCGCCAUCGCCCCCCGUACGUUCGACAACGGCAUCCUCGUCGCCAAAUGAUCCCCCUCGCAUCUCCAACGAAUGGAACAGGCAGCACAACGGGAUCGUUCGAAAGCUUUCGAACGACGCGGCUACUGCUUCACGACGCGAUCUCAGCCUACGGCACCUAUCCCCCAUUACCCCCAGCACCCACGAUGGGUCCAGGCAUGUCCCAGACGCACCUCCGAAACAUCUCCGAAGGCGCACUUGGUGUCGGUCAGCAGGGAACACGUCCUCCCUUAUCGUAACUGAAGGUCGAAGCAAGAUGUAUGCAUACCCGAUCUGAAUAUCCAUGGUAAGUCGUCACUUGGGUGGAAAUACCUGACCUCCAAGAAAUGAAGGGGGGGACAUGGGAGAGACGUUUUAUGCAAUUCCGACUCAUGUCCGCCGCGUAUCGAGGUCUGUAGGGCGUCGGGAUGGUCUUUUUGAAUAUGUGGCGUCGCUUUUGAUACAUAGUCUUCGAGUAGUAUACACGCGAAUUUGGAAGUUUGGACAGCCCCGGCGCAAUUCCCACCUUGCAAUACACACCGUCUCCUCGUCCUCCCGCAUCUUCCCCAUCACGAACGCGC